AUGUCUGAUCUACACAACCAACAUCGAGUUCAGUUUGUUACACCUACGACUGAAGGAGUGUACGAUGACGAUUACAAGCGACUUCGCAACUAUUAUGCACCUUUAGCAAAUCACACGCAACCUGAUUCUCCUUCUUCACCUCCUUCUUCAGCUGGUGGUGCCCGAGGAGGAAUGGAUCGCGUUCUUCCCGUUGCACAAAACAGAACACGUGCAUCAUCCUCAGGGUCAGAGUCUUUUCCUUCACCUGAAGACCAUCAUCCCAUCACGGCACUUUAUCCUCCAGCAGCAACAAGUCCUCCUUCUUCUUCUGCAUCAGUUUCACCUCUACGCAACAUGCAUGAUAACAAUGGCACAAUCAUCGAUCAAUCACGUGCACAUGACAGCGAACGUGUUAUUGAAAUCUCACCGGAUCCUGGUCGGUACCUGCGUCUCAAUAGCUUGCUUGGUAAAGGUGCCUACAAGAUUGUCUACAAGGCUAUUGAUCGUGAAGAAGGCUAUGAAGUAGCGUGGAAUGCAAUGCAGGCGCCCAAUGCCAAAGACAGCCCCGAUCUUGCACACGAGAUACAAAUUUUGAAAUCAGUACGCCAUCCCAACAUUAUUGCUUUUCACGACGCUUGGCACACCGACAAUGAGUUUGUUUUCAUCACCGAGCUUAUGACUUCCGGCACCCUUCGAGAAUACAUCCGCAAACUCAGUUUACCCAAUAUCAAGAUUGUCAAGCGUUGGGUACGACAAAUCCUCAAAGGCCUCAGCUAUCUACACGGCCACAAUCCACCCAUCAUUCAUCGUGACAUCAAAUGCGACAACAUCUUUAUCAAUGGUGCUUAUGGCGAAGUCAAGAUUGGUGAUAUGGGUACAGCAAAGAUGAAAAUGGGCAAAAAGUACACCGUCAUUGGUACUCCCGAAUUCAUGGCACCAGAGAUGUAUGAAGAGAGCGGAUACAGUGAAAAGGUGGAUAUUUAUGCAUUUGGCAUGUGUCUUCUCGAGAUGGCAACGGGUGAAUAUCCUUAUGGCGAAUGUACCAAUCCCGCUCAGAUCUACAAGAAGGUCAUGGCUGGUGUCAAGCCUGUUACCCUUGGCAAGGUUCAAAAUCAAGACAUGCUUGCCGUCAUUGAGAAUUGUUUGGGUCCAGAGGAUGAUAGAAUGUCGGCCCAACAGAUCUUGGAACAUGCUCUCUUUGUCAUCGAGCCUGAAGUCGUCUUGCUAGCUACGGAUGAAAGCAGCGUCCAUCUUACUCUCCAAGUGGUAUUCAAAGGUGUUGAUAAGCGAUCAGUCAAGUUUGAUUUCAAUGUGGAAAUGGAUACACCGGAUGAAGUGGUGACUGAGAUGAUUGAAGAGAAUAUAUUGCCUGAACGAUACCAGCGACAUAUCACCAAGGAGAUUUCGCGCAUUCUUCGAGAGUGGGACAAGGAUUGUAACCAUACUCACAAAGCGAUUUGGCGUCGAGAAGCUGAAGACUAUGGCUCCGAAUUGGAAAAAGUACGAGACGAAUUACAAGUGGAAAGCGAGCAGCUUGCUGAAAAGGAAGCCGAGUGUGAUGCAUGCGAGACAAGGUUACGAAAGACCGAGGAACGAUGGCUGGAGGUGACGCAUCUGUUACAGGAUAUCAAAGGCAACAAAUCGGAACCAUCAACGACAGCAAAUGAGCAACCUGUUACGAUUCCCAAAGAGUAUUCUGAUGAUGUUGGUAUCCAGACGUUUAUUCAAGACUGUGCACAGGCAGCACAUCGUGGCAUGGAUAAGGCACAAGAAUGGAUACAAAAGCUUCAAGCCCAAGACAUCAUGACAGUAGGCGACCUACGUCAUUUGCAGGAUGAAGAUUGGGAAGGCAUUGGUCUCACAGUAUUUGCAUUACGCGCAAUCAAGAACAUGCUCAAGGGAAAGCAACCUGCCAGGCACACUCCUUUAUGA